CCCUGGUCACCGCAGCAUCGACAUAUAACGUACGGUACCUCCAAGCAUCGUACGGAUGGAUAGGUUGAUGUUCAGACCGUCUCCCUCUUUUGCUACGACCAAAUAGGGACUAGUUGGGCUGACUCGCAUCCAUUGGAAACGUCCAAGAGUAGGCCGACAACGAUGAACCGAUCACACAAUGUCUGACACGAGUAAGGGAUGAUAGAUGAGACGACGGUCCGUGGUAGAAGGGAAGAGUGCAGAGAAGGAAAGAAAAAAAGAAGUUCUCAGUCUCAUACAAGCAAAAAUAAUCGAGGUGCACGACGAACAAAACCGGACUGAACAAGUCAAGCAAGUCAAGAGAUUCUCAAUCCAUUGGCGGAACACCGACGACAGCGACCGACCCGCCCACUUUGGUCGACCGUUGAAGAAACGAGCGAGAAGAAAAGAAAAAGACACCUCUAGGCUUCUUGGCUGACAGCUGAGCUUACAGGACCUAGC